AUGGACAGGAUAAUAGGGAAUCGUGUAAACAAUGCUUGCAUGUUUGAGAAGAGGGAGGCGGGGAUACGAAUUGAGGAGGUGCAUGUGGUGGGUCACAGCCUGGGAGCUCACCUGGCCUCGUACAUCGGAUCCACGCUCAAGGACCUGGGGAUGGGGAAACUGGGUCGCAUCACGGGGCUUGAUCCGGCUGGAUGUCACUUCGAGCACGCGGAUCCCCGAGUGAGAUUAGAUCCUGAGGAUGCUCUAUUCGUGGAUGUCAUUCACACCGACGGGUCUACCCUUGCAGCAGGAGGUUUGGGGAUGUUUCAACCUAUGGGACACGUGGAUUUCUAUCCAAAUUCCGGGGUUCACAUGCCGGAUUGUAACUUGUCUCUUCAGAAGGCCUUAGAAAGUGAGCCUCUUUCCUUCGUGAAAGGUUUAAGGCAUUUCCUCAGUUGCAACCAUAUGAUGUCCCUCAAGUACUUCAUUGAAUCCAUCAAUUCACCCAACCAUUUCCUUGCCCAUCAGUGCUCCAACUGGAUCCAGUUUACGUGA